GAUGGGAUGUAAGCUUAAAAAGACGCAGAGGCGCAGACAUCCGCCGUGCAGACUGGUAAGGGCCGGCAGAGAGUGAACGGUGGGGUAUUUCGCAGCAGAAGAUCAGCGAUGGCUAGAAGAAGACGAGGCCGAAGCAGCAACAACAACCAGCACCAACCGUCCCCACAGAACCGCAGAGGAGGAGGCACUCGCAAGGCUCUGCGGGAGCCAGCCCCGUUUUCCAAACCGACAAGUUAUGAAGCGGAGAACCCACAUGAAAAGCUGACUAUUGCUCAAGCACGGAAGGGAACCCCAGCUCACCGACCCGUGAGAGUCUACGCUGAUGGAAUCUUUGAUCUUUUCCAUUCGGGACAUGCUCGGGCCCUGAUGCAGGCCAAAAAUGUUUUCCCAAACACUCACCUGAUAGUAGGAGUGUGCAGUGAUGAACUUACCCACAAGUUAAAAGGCUACACCGUGAUGUCAGAGGACGAGCGCUACGACGCGCUCAGGCACUGUCGCUAUGUCGACGAGGUGGUGCGGGAUGCUCCUUGGACACUUACACCAGAGUUUCUCAAGAAGCACAAGAUCGACUUUGUGGCCCAUGAUGACAUCCCCUACACGUCUGCGGGAUCAGAGGAUGUUUAUAAGCACAUCAAGGAAGCAGGAAUGUUUGUGGCCACUCAGAGGACAGAGGGCAUCUCCACCUCUGACCUGAUCACUCGGAUCGUGCGAGACUACGACGUCUACGUCCGUCGGAACCUGCAGAGAGGGUACACGGCCCGUGAACUCAAUGUGGGCUUUCUUAAGGAGAAUAAGUUUCGGCUGCAGAACCAGGUGGAUAAGAUGAAAGAGACGGUGCGAACGGUGGAGGAGAAGUCGAAGCACUUUGUGAACAGGGUGGAGGAGAAGAGCCAGGACCUGAUCCUCAAGUGGGAGGAGAAGUCGCGGGAAUUCAUCGGCAACUUCCUGGAGCUUUUUGGACCCGAUAAAGCAUGGCACGUCAUCCAGGAGCGCAGCGGCCGCAUGCUCCAGGCCCUGUCGCCCUACUCCUCGCCCCGCGGAUCACCCAGCAGCAGUCCUACCAGAGCCCGUUCACUUUCACCUGACUCCCUCCCGUCUUCGGCCUCUCCGCCGUCCUCCCCAUCUUCACCCAAAAAGACCAGCCGGUCGUCUGUCAAAGCGGCCUCAGGUUAUUAGCCAUUAUUCUGCUACACCCUGUGUCUGGAAGGUGUACAGAUUGAGUCCCUUAAUUUAUUAUGAGUGUGCUAAAGUGCAACGAGAUAUCAUACUGUACAUAAUAAUAAAAACAAAAAUAAAAAUUUUUGUUUGCUUGGAAUUGUUUGCCUUUUGUCAUUAAACUUUCACCUUUA